GGUAUAAAAGUGCGGCGAGAGCCGGGCGAGCGCCACCGAAGGCUGGGGUGAGCGAGGCCGGCGGCUCUCGGCGGCAAGGUCCGGAUCCCUCUGCGUUCCGGAGUUCUCUCUGCGAUCCCGACCCCCUGGGGUCCGGACCCUUCUGAGGUCGGGGCUCCCUUUGUGCUCCGCGCCCCUCGCGCCCAGGUUUCUUCUGUGGGGCGGACUCCUCCAGUCGGGUGCGCUGAGCGCCCCGCGGCCAGCCUCUGCGCACGGAGCCCGGCAGUGAGUCCGGCCCUUGUGCCCAGAACCACAGCGGCUGGGGCAUGACGGUCCCUCCUGUCCUGCUUCUUUUUCUUCUGUCCUCGGUGCAAGCCACUGAGCAGCCGAGGGCCAUCACUGAGCAUCCAAGCAUGGAGGCAGCCUUGACCGGGCCCAACGCUUCGCACUUCUGGGCCAACUACACUUUCUCUGACUGGCAGAACUUCGUGGGCAGGAGACGUUAUGGGGCCGAGUCCCAGAACCCCACGGUGAAAGCCCUGCUCAUCGUGGCCUACUCCUUCAUCAUCAUCUUCUCGCUCUUUGGCAAUGUCCUGGUCUGUCAUGUCAUCUUCAAGAACCAACGAAUGCACUCGGCCACCAGCCUCUUCAUCGUCAACCUGGCAGUGGCAGACAUCAUGAUCACGUUGCUCAACACGCCCUUCACUUUGGUCCGCUUCGUGAACAGCACGUGGGUGUUCGGGAAGGGCAUGUGCCAUGUCAGCCGCUUCGCUCAAUACUGUUCCCUGCAUGUCUCAGCGCUGACGCUGACAGCCAUUGCUGUGGACCGGCACCAGGUCAUCAUGCAUCCCCUGAAGCCUCGGAUCUCCAUCACCAAGGGUGUCAUCUAUAUUGCUGUCAUCUGGGUCAUGGCUACCUUCUUCUCGCUGCCACAUGCCAUCUGCCAGAAGCUGUUUACCUUCAAGUACAGUGAGGACAUUGUGCGCUCCCUCUGUCUGCCGGACUUCCCGGAGCCAGCUGACCUCUUCUGGAAGUACCUGGACCUGGCCACCUUCAUCCUGCUGUACCUGCUUCCACUCUUCAUCAUCUCGGUGGCCUAUGCCCGCGUGGCCAAGAAGCUGUGGCUGUGCAACACCAUCGGCGACGUGACCACAGAGCAGUACCUUGCCCUGCGACGCAAGAAGAAGACCACCGUGAAGAUGCUGGUGAUUGUGGUGGUCCUCUUCGCCCUCUGCUGGUUCCCCCUCAACUGCUAUGUCCUCCUCCUGUCCAGCAAGGCCAUCCACACCAACAAUGCCCUCUAUUUUGCCUUCCAUUGGUUUGCCAUGAGCAGUACUUGUUAUAACCCCUUCAUCUACUGCUGGCUCAAUGAGAACUUUAGGGUGGAGCUAAAGGCAUUGUUGAGCAUGUGCCAAAGGCUACCCAAGCCUCAGGAAGACAGGUUGCCCUCCCCAGUUCCUUCCUUCAGAGUGGCAUGGACAGAAAAGAGCCAUGGUCGGAGGGCUCCGCUAGCCAAUCACCACCUACCCUCUUCCCAGAUCCACUCUGGGAAGACAGAUCUGUCCUCUGUGGAGCCCAUUGUGGCCAUGAGUUAGGGAAAACAGGAAGAGGCUAGGGAGGGCUCUAUCCUCUCACAACUGACAUGAGCUCACAGUGUUGGAAAGUUUCACAGAAGCAUCGAGAUGCUUGGGUUCCUAGGAACCUGUCCGGCUUCCUCUCCCAUCUGAUGUGCAAACCUUCUAGCAGAUGUCAUGAGGUGUUGUGCCUAGAUCUUUGAGUAAGAGCUCUGAAAGCCACCUCAGCUCCAACAGAGGAUGGCUCAGCCAACCACUUUCAAGUGUCCAACCUCUGCCACCUUGCCCUUCGUACCACUGAGCACCCACAUGGGGACUGAAGCAUACUAUUGGUAGGCUUGACUCAUGUGCCCAGAAAACAACUUUACUAGCCAAGGAGAACAGGCACAAAGGCUUUCUGAAAUCAUUGGAGCAGUUAUAAUCACACAUCUUCAAUGGCCUUGGCUCUAUCCAUGACCAGACAGGACCCAUCUUGGCUUCUUAAAAUAAAGAGAAAUUAGCAUUACCAUUUUGAAAAGUUCAGAAAAGUACAGACAUGAAUUCAGCUGACCCUGUUAGCCCAUCAGUUUGUAUAUAUAUAAAAAAAGAUGCCUGUUAAUGUGCUGUGAAUUUAUCUGUAACUCUCCAUGUAUGCAUAUUUGUACUUUUAAAAUCCUGAACUACGUGUGUCUAUUUAGACUGUAGUAAUUAGCAAGAAACAGGAGUACAUCAAAAUACUAUUGAACUCCUCCGUGAUGAAUGGAGUUCCUCAGCAGACCUGAAGAGAAGGGAGGAGAGCAAGGUGAAGGCUGAUUCUAUCUUGUAGCCAGCCAGUGGUGGGCUGGGCCUGGCCCUCUCAGAGUUGUUGCUAUCAAGAUGAGCAGCACACAAGAGAGCUGGGAGGUGGGAUCCCUUCCCCCCCAGCCCCCAGAAACAAGAGGUGGUGAAUCACUGCGCUGUUUCCAUGGGCAAUGAGAGAACUUGUUUUCCAACAAGCUGGAAAAAAUUGUGCUUAGACACUUCAUCUGCUCAAGCUGUCUAGACAGGACAUUUCUCUAUGUUGUCGGAAUGAUGAAAUUUUUUUCACACCAUUUCCUUCAAGAUUUCCCUGUGUACAUCACCUGAGAAAUUCGUGUGUCAUUUUUCAAAACCUGCAGGCUUCUUAAAGCAACUUUAUUCCUUGAGGGCCCUUUUGUCAGAGAAGUCUCAUUCCAGAUAGCCAGUGUUCUUUUUUUUUUUUUCCUCACCUUUCCUAUGGUCCCACUGACUCUCACUGUCACCCAUAGAGAGCUGUGUCAGGCAGAGCUGACUCUAAUCCCAGGAGCAGAGCAGUGGCUGCGGCUGUGCCAAGUUCAGAUUCCUAUCUCCUCACAGAGGGGUCACAGAGACAAAGUAUCUUUGGGUACCUGAGAGGGAAACUGAGGUUUGAGGGAGGAGAGUUUCAUCUGGGACUUGUUUAGAACUCUCAGUUGCUAACUGAAGCACAACUUGGUGAAGUCUGCUUCCCUGUAAUAAACCAGGGGAGUUUCUUAAACUAGUCUAUCCAUGAGAGUGUUAGAAAAUUUCCAAGAUUAAAAAAAGUCAUCUACAGAACAGCAGAUUUUUAAAAAGUGGCUUGGAGAGGGCAGAAGGGAAUUCCUAAACAUGAAUUGACUGUUUACAGCCACAGCUUCCGCACCUGUCUGUCUGCAUAAGACAUCUCUGUGAUGUCAACUGGUAGCUGUGUUCCCUGUGUGCUUCUGAGCAAAUGUGACUGGUAAUGGUGAGCAUGGUCUUUGUGAAGCCUGAGCUUUUCCAAUGUGCUGUAAAGUGUGCUUUGUUGUAAACCCCUCUAGGCUCAAUAAAACCUCUCCUCUGUGU